AUGACUCUUACUCACACUGUUCUCUUCCAAUUCAAGUCGGAUGUUGAUUCAUCUGAAAUCAAAGAGAUUUGCGAUUCUUUUCUUGCUCUUAAAGACCAAUGUAUCCAUCCCACAAGCAACAGUCCGUACAUCGUUUCACUUGUAGGCGGCAAAGACAACUCUCCAGAGGGAAUGCAGAACGGUUUGACCCAUGGAUUCGUCGCCAUCUUCAACUCCGCGGAAGAUCGAGACUACUAUGUCGAAACAGACCCAGCUCAUCAAGCCUUUGUUGCUAAGGUGGGAAGCGUCCUUGAAAAGGCCACCGUGAUUGACUUUACGGACGGAGUCUUUUGA